AUGAGCGCUCCGAAAGAGCUCAUCUUCCGGAGCGUUCUUGGAAUGAGCGCUCCGAAAGAGCUCAUCUUUCGGAGCGCUCUUUUAAUAAGCGCUCCGAAGAGGUGGUCUUCCGAAGCGCUCAUCAUCGCUGUAUCAGUCUAUCUUCCGUCACUAUUCACUGUUCCAGAUCGUCGUCCGCCGCUGUUCGCUGUUCCAGAUCGUCGUCUGUUCGCUGUUCCAGAUCGUCGUUCUGUUCACUGUUCCAAAUCAUCAUCUGUUGCUGUUCGUUAUUCCAGAUUAGUGUUCAUCACUAUUUGUGCGGCUGCUGUACACCGGAGGAAGCGACACCGUGAAGACCUCCGUUGUAGCCGUGUGUCAUUGCUGUACAGCCGAGGAAGCAACGCUGCAAAGACCUCCGCUACUGCCGUGAAGACUUCCGUUUUCUGCCGUGAAGACUACACUGUGAAGGUACCUACACAAUUACAAGGUUGGGAGUGUGGAUACUAUGUUAUGAAGUUUAUGAGAGAAGUAAUCACACAACAAGAGUUGAUCAUUCCUGAAAAUUAUUUUGUUGGAGUAAGAUGUUCGUAUUUUACUAUGGAGCAAAUAGAAGAUUUAGUUGAAGAGUUGUCAGAAUAUAUUAUUGGCUGUUUGUGAUAGGAAGUUAGAUUUCAAUGUUAGAAAAAUAACAAUAGUUUCAUUUGUUAGGCUUGUUAGAAAUUAAACUAGGUUAGUUAGGAAAUUAAAAUUUUUGUAUCAGUUUCAAAUUCUUUUCUUGUAUAUAAAUUUUUAUGUUAAUAUUAUUUUUAAAUUAGUUU